UCUAUUAUUUUGUUUUCUCAAACGAUAAUGCUUAAAUCACUGUCUUGUGAAUUUUUAAAUAAGUUUAUGGGAAUAAAACGUGGAAUCUUCAAUGAAAUAUAACCACUGAUUUUCGAUGUUUGGAGUACUACAAAAGAUAGCAGUUGUUGCUGCCUUGGCGCUCUCAUUGACGGAGGCAUCACAUAAAAAGGGUCUGGCGGUUUCAGAUGGUGAUAGGCGGCAUAGACGUUGUGGAGAUGAAAAAGUGUUCACUAAUGUCCAUUGGUGGUAUGACUGGCAUACAUAUCCAUGGAAACAUACCCUCCAUAAGUGUUCUCAUAAUCUGAAACAAGGAUAUGUGCCGAUGGUGUGGGGAUGGAGACCAGAUGUUGAUACGCCUAUUCGUUUACUAUCACAAUCAAGAUAUGUCCUUGGUUUUAACGAACCAAAUCACGAGAAACAGUCGAAAAUGUCACCAAGGGAAGCUGCAAGACAUUGGAAAGUUCUCCAAAAGAAGGCACAUGGCAAAAUACUUGUUAGCCCAGCAGUAGCUCCAUGCGCAAGUUGUGAAUAUGGACCAAUCGAAUGGCUGGACGAAUUUUUCAAGUUGUGUCGUCAUUGCAGGGUCGACCAUAUUGCAACACAUUCCUAUCGAUGUGAAGCCAGCGAGACAAUGGUUUAUUUGAAUCAGUUGUGGCAGAGGUACAAGAAACCAAUAUGGCUAACAGAAUUUGCUUGCCCACAAGAUAAAUCCGCUGCAGAUCAACUUCAGUUUAUGAAACAAAUUUUACCUUUACUAGAAUCAGCUGAUUACGUUUUCCGGUACUCUUGGUUUGUCAGUAGAAAUACCGAAAAUUUGUUUACAACAAAAGCCGUCAGUCUUCUCCACCAAAACUCAAAGAAAUUGACAACUCUAGGCAAAUAUUACAAUGAUUUUGAUGGUUGAACUAAAUAAAUGAUAAUAUUCUUGAUUUUCGAUCAUAUCUUAUCACUUAAUUUCUAUGUAUUUCUAUUUUUCACUUGCUUAAAUAAUAUCAAACUCCUUUAACACGUAUCAAAUCUGUCUAUCAAUAUGACGUGUUGUUUUUCUUUUGUUCUUAUUCAAUAAAAAAUGCCACCUACAAAAACCGUGAGGUGUACAAAAAGCAACUGAAUGUAAUUUGUUGUUUUUCUUAGAAUUGUGUGUUGUAACCGAUUCUCAAUAUGGUUCAUUCCUUCUAUUCCCACUUUUUAUAAAUCUGGAAAGAAAAAUUAAAAUUUCAUGUAGGAAUAGGGGGAAAACUUGUGCAAACAAAGGAUUAUAUUGCAUGUAUAAACAUUGUUUAAUCAACUUUUAACUUUUUUGUUUUUUUAGGACAGGUAAUAGGUUAUUUUUGUAUGUGUAUGAAUUCUGUGUUUUUAAUUA